GGCCGGAGUCCCUGUCGUGCGGGUCGUGAGCCGCGGCCGUCCGGGGCUGAGAGGAAUGGCGGGGUGCACGCGUCGCCGCGGUCGCUCCUCGCCAGCUCUGCAGCUCGGAUUCUAACCUGAGCUCCGCGGCCCCGUCCGGCCCACCUCUGCCUCGGGCCCGCGCCCACCGGAGGUUGCCCGACCUCACACCCGAGGCUGCAGCGGCCCAGCGCAGCACCUAGGGCCGGGUCGACCUCGAUCGGACGGGACGCGCGGCGGACGGGACGGGCGGCUGGCGGGACUGCGGGUACAGAGGUGGCGGCCAGCAGAGGGCGCGGCCCGAGCAUGGCCGAGGAGCGCCGGGGGUCCUGGUUCGGCUUCGGUUUCUGCGGCUUCGGGCAGGCGCUGGGCUCGGGGCGCGGGCGGCAGGUGCACAGCCCCGAGCCGCUGGCGACACCGGGCCCGGGCGCCGACGUCUGCCGCGUGAGCGCCAGCUGGAGCUACACCGCCGUCGUGACCCGUGAGCGCCCCUCUCCGCCCCACUUCCGCCCUCGCCCCGGGGGCGUGGUCCGGCCGCCCCCCAGCCAGCCCUCCGCUCCCGCAGGUGGAGGCCAACUGCAGCUUUCGGGCGCGGCCGACGGCGCGGCGGGCGGCUGCAGGGACGCGUGGGCCUCGGAGGCGCUCCUCGUGGUGCUGCGCGCCGGGCCGGCAGACGGGCCCGGGCCGGAGCUGCAGGCCUGGGCGCCGGGUUCGGCGCUGCGCGGGGAGCCCCUGUGGACCCACACCCUGGUGCCGGAGGCCGGGCGGGAAGACGCCGCGGGCGGGGAGCCCCAGGCCCGGGCGCUGCCCCUGCUGCCCGGCGCGCGCGCCUACGUGAGUCCGCGGCCGCCCUUCUACCGGCCUCUGGCCCCGGAGCUGCGGGCGCGCCGGCUGGAGCUGGGCGGCGAGCACGCCUUGCUGCUGGACGAGGCGGGCCAGGUGUUCUCCUGGGGCCAGGGCAGGCACGGACAGCUGGGCCACGGGACUCUGGAGGCCGCGCGGGAGCCGAGGCUGCUGGAGGCGCUGCAGGGCCUUCCCAUGGCUGAGGUGGCCGCGGGUGGCUGGCACUCCGUGUGUGUGAGCGAGACGGGGGAUAUUUAUGUCUGGGGCUGGAAUGAAUCCGGGCAGCUGGCCCUGCCCACCAGGAGCCUGGCAGAGGAUGGAAAGACCGUUGCCAGGGAAGCCGGCAGGCCGAACGAAGGUGACUCCGACAUGAGAACGGUGGGGAGUGAGGACGGAGCCCCGGCCCCCUUCAUAGCCAUCCAGCCCUUCCCCGCUUUACUGGAUCUGCCCCGGGGCGCGGAGGCAGCCCAGGCCAGCUGUGGCUCCCGGCACACGGCGGUGGUGACAAGAACUGGGGAGCUCUACACCUGGGGCUGGGGUAAAUAUGGACAGCUUGGCCACCAGGACACGACCAGCUUGGAUCGGCCCCGCCGUGUGGAAUAUUUUGUAGAUAAGCGACUGCAAGUCAGGGCCGUGAGCUGUGGGCUCUGGAACACCUACGUGUACGCUGUGGAGAAAGAGGAGAGCGGACCGCCGCAGCCGCGGGCGUGAAGUGAGCGUGCGCUAGAGUAGAUGAUACACUUACACCCGUGAAGCACCCCCCAGCCAAGGAAACCACUGCCAGCCCCCCAGAUGCCCCCCAUUUGCCCUCCCUGCCACAGCCCUCCUGCCCUGCCCUAGAGCCCCGUCUUCAACUUGGUCCUCCUGUUGGACACGCCUAAAGAGCUUGGGAAGGGCAUGGCCAAGGCCAGCAGGGCAGACACAGUGAAAUCCAAAGCUCUGGCGGGGGGAGCCUGGGGUGUGGGCAGAUCGCCAAGCUCCCCCAGCUGACCCUGGGUGAUUUGAGGUCGUGCGGAGAUUGGGGACCAGCAGGGGUCGUCUUGGUUAUCUUUCCUCACCUGUUUUCACUUAGGAUUGUACCACUGCGUCCGUAUUCGGUAGAGUUUAGUUUGUUUGCUUUGGAAUUUAUGUGACUGGAGUCACUCUGUGGCUGUCCCUUUGUGUCGUGUUUCUCCUUUUAACACCGUGUGAUCCGUCCGUGUUGUGCUCCGCAGUCCAUUCAUUUUUACUGUCCUGCCGUGUUCCGUCGUGUGAAUAUACCUCAUUGUAUAUUC